UUCAAUUUCUCUUUUUCUCUUUGGUUAUUGUCAAGUCUCUGGAUGGAUGUAUAUGCUUGUGCUUAUCUUCUUGACUUGUCUACCGACCCACAGAAAUUAAGCUUGGAGAUAUUUAUAUGAAUUAUGAGCUUUUGACGGCUGGAGGUCCAAAUGCUACCCUCCCAUAGGGCGACAAGUCCUUUAUUAGUGGAAAUCACUUACGGGUUGGUCUGCUUUUAUACAGUGAAGAGAAUUGGGUCAGUGCAAAAUGGUGUCUCAAACAGCUGAUCUUUUGAAAAAUGAGCUUCCUCUUGAGCUGGAGGCUGUGGUUUUGCCUGAGGAUGGUGUGACCGGCCUUGUUCUUGUGGAUAUCAUCAAUGGAUUUUGCACUGUUGGUGCUGGAAAUCUGGCUCCAAGAGAACCCAACAGGCAGAUUUCAGGAAUGAUCAAUGAAUCAGCAACGUUGGCCAGGGUGUUUUGUGAGAAGAAUUGGCCUGUUCUCGCAUUUCUUGAUUCCCAUCAUCCUAACAAGCCUGAGGAACCUUACCCUCCUCACUGUAUUUCAGGCACCGAUGAAUCAAAUUUAGUUCCUGCUCUACAGUGGUUAGAAAAAGAAACAAAUGUCACAAUCAGGCGCAAAGAUUGCUUUGAUGGAUUUCUGGGUUCAAUUCAGGAUGAUGGGUCCAAUGUUUUUGUAGACUGGGUGAAGCACAAUCAGAUCAAAACUAUGGUGGUUGUUGGGAUAUGCACAGACAUUUGUGUGCUAGAUUUUGUUAGCUCAACAUUAUCGGCUAGAAACCUUGGAUUUCUGAGCCCUUUGGAGAAGGUAGUGGUGUAUUCUCGUGGCUGCGCCACCUUUGAUGUGCCGCUUCAUGUCGCCAGGAACACAAAAGGUGCUUUAGUUCAUCCUCAGGAGCUGAUGCAUCACGUAGGGCUUUACAUGGCAAAAGAAAGGGGAGCCAUAAUAGCAAGUGAGGUGUCAUUUGGGGCACAAAACCAGCAGCCAUAAAUCCAUGUCUUGCCUGUUGCAUCUACCCAGCAGUAAUCAAGGGCACUAGCAAUUGGCAAUUAUGAAGGACAUGUAUGCUUCCCCUUAAAGGGGUAUAUGGAAAUGGGAAUGUUUAUGUAGAAUUGCUCUCUAGUGUUGCCAAUUUAAUAAAUAAGAUAAAUAAUUGCUCUCA